UAUUUCUCAGUGUAAUUAUGUCGCAAUCUAAGGCAGAUGCGGGUGCGUCUACUGACGAGGAGCCAUUAAAAGAUGUGUUCGAUCAGGCCAUGAAGAUGUUUGAAAAGAUAGAAAGCAGCAAUGAGCCGACGAACAGCGAUGCCAUGCAGAUUCUUCUAAAAGCGGCCAUAGCAAAGUUUGAGAAGGCCACUAACCUGGUGUCGCUGUCCGGGAUGUUCAGUAGUAACGAGAGCCUGGAGGAGCUUCCCACAGAGACGCUGCAGUACUUGCUGCUGCCUGCGCUGCUCGGUACACUGAGUCUGAAGCUGUGUGGGCAGCCUCGGAAAGAGGUUAUCAAUCUAGCUGAGAUUUAUUUUAGAGAUUUUCUCCAGCGAUGCAAGGACUAUGGUGUGACGGACAUAGAGGUGCCGCAGCCCGCAGACAACCAGAACCAGAAGGUGGAGCGAGUGGUCACCGAACAAGUCAAGAUUGCUAAUAUGGUACACAGCCGCGAAGCAAAAAUAAAGCGCUACAUGGAGAUGAAAGAGCUGAAAGAGAAAUUGGCCACUCUCUCCAAAGCCAUGGCCUCGGAGCUGGUCGACGACGAGACCAAGCGGGAGUACUUCACCGCCAUGCUGCAGAGUUACGUCAGUCAAGGGCUGGACGAGCUGGGGAGUAUCGAGCAGGAGAAGCCGUUGCUGGAGUAUAUGGAGAAACAUGCUGGAGAGCCUAAACCGAAGCAACCCCGGGCUCCUCCGCUCCGGCCAGUCAUCAUCGCUAAGGACGCCAUACAGAAGGCUGUGUUCGGCGCCGGAUAUCCGUCGCUGCCCACCAUGACAGUCGAGGAGUUCUAUGACAAACGAGUCAGGGAUGGAAUUUUCCCUUCGGCCGCCAACAUCCCGCACCAGACCAUAGAGAGCACAGAAACGGAAAGCGACGACGCCGAGCGAGCGAGAAAGGACCAGCUGGAGGAAGACGAUGAUUCCGAGGAGCUGGCUCGCCAGAGGAACAUGGACGAGUACAAAGACGACCAUCGCCGUGGUUGGGGCAACCGCUACAACCGCAGCUAG